ACACAAAUAAAUAUUGUAAUAGUAAUAAUAUUAAUUAAAAUAUAAUAAUAGUAAUAAUAAUAAUAAUAAUAAUAAUGGUCAAUGCAGUAGAAUAUAUAAUUGAAAAUGCCUUGGAGAAAGCUGAAAAUUAUAAAUAUACAUUUUCAAUCCCAAGUAGACAACAAAUUUUAAAUUUGGAAAAAGGUGAUGUAGUAAAAUUAAUGUUUACUGAAAAUCAAGACACUGAAAGGAUGUGGCUUUCCAUUGAGGAAAUUAGAAAGGGUGAAAAUGAUCAAUCUCCAAUUAAUUUUACCGGCAAAUUAGAUAACCAACCAUACAACAUAAAGUCAAUUUCACUUGGUUCAAGAAUUGAUUUCAAAGACUAUCAUAUCAUCGCAAUUUAUGAUAAACCAAAUGAAUUUGUACACCCUUCAUUAGCCCACUUACCAGCCAGAAUCAUGGCAAUGACUGGAAAACUAUGCUAUGUCAGUAAAGAAUACUUUAACAAUGAAGACAAAACCCUAGGCUAUAUUUACAGAGAAAAUCCAGUUUCUUCCAGUGACAGUGGAUGGAGAUUUACAUCUGGCGAUGAACCAGAUGGCUAUAUGCAAAUAAAGAGAAAUACCCAACCAGUAAGAAUCACUGCUAUUUUAAAUAGAGAUGACUCUUUUGUUGGGUUAUUAAACUCUCCAAUAAACUCCCAUUUCGUAUUUGAUUCUGAAGAAAAGCAAUGGCUCGAAUUAGAAGACGCCUAAAAUCAAAAUCAACAAUCACAAUCACUAUUUAAUAUAAAUUUAUUUUAUAUUUAACAAUUCAUUUUAUGCACUUAUAUGGAAUUAAUAAAAUAAUUAAUUUUAAAAAUUU